AUGAUCGCCCAGUUUGUCGCCGAUGAUCGAAUGGAGUUAUCCGACGACGGCUGGAAUGACGACACCGAUGAAUAUUUGCCGAGCUCGAUGGAGGAUGAGACGACGUCGUCGUCUUCUUCAUCUUCUUCAUCGUCUAGUAGUAGCUUGGCCUCCUCCGAACGUGCAGGCGGCCAUUCAUCGUCGUUUCUCCUCUUCCCACCACCAUCUGCAUUGAACAAGAAGCAGGGAAGACGAGAAGAAGAAGAAGAAGCUGCUGCUGCUGCUGCUGCUGCUAAAGCUUGCCAUUCUAUUGUUAUUAUUAUUAUUCUCGGUCCAAUCGAUAACCUAUUCGGCGUUUUUGGAUCUUCCCCCUUCAAAUACUCCUCGACCCCAAUUGGGUCAUUACUUUCACUAGCCCACUUUCUUCGCUAUUCGUUUCUUUUCGCUUUGAUUCGUUUUCUACUCGAACGCAUGGAGCGGAGUGAAGGCUCACGCCAGGUUGCUCAGCGUCUACGCGAGCUCCGUCCACAGCGUGCCGCUGCUCUCCAAGUUCCCGAUCGAGUUCGGAACAACGCGAAUCCGUUGAAGCGAACCAAAGAAUCGGUCCCGUCUGUGUCGAAACGACGGCGUUGCUCCGCGAAUGAAGCCGCCAGUAGCACAUCGACGGAGACGGUGAGAAUGCCGGAUAUCUCGCCGGAGUUGCUCGCGCGAUUUCCGACCGACGUGCACAACGUGAUCAGCAGUGAGGAGUUUGUGCGUGUGCUCGAAUUCGCUGCCGCAAACUCGCUCAAUGAGCACCAAUUUGUGCACAAUGUUUACGCUCAACUGAUACGUCAAUACUCGAACGCCGUUUCGCCCUCAUCGGAAGCGUGCUCGUCGACUGGCGGCGUCGGCGCCGCUUCGCAAUGCCCUAAUAAUCGAUCAGGCACCAUCACAUUGAAUCGAGCGCCGUAUCGCAGCGAGCGCAAGAACACGGUCGGAAACGGAUGCGGACGAUCUGCGAUGCGAAGUUUGUCGCCGGCGCAUCCGAGUGCAGUGAUAUGCGGAAUGGACGAUUAUUUGCGUCCAGAACGUCUCGACCGACUUCUUCAAAUGGGACCACCGGAGACUCAUGUGCAGGAAAUGCAUUCGUGGAAUCCUGAUGACCGGUCAUUGAAUAUUUAUGUGAAAGAAGAGGACAAAUUAACAUUCCAUAGACAUCCGGUGGCUCAGAGUACGGAUUGUAUUCGCGGAAAGAUCGGCUAUAGCCGAGGAUUUCAUGUUUGGCAAAUCGAAUGGCCGGAACGCCAACGCGGCACGCAUGCUGUCGUCGGGGUGGCGACGAAGAAUGCGCCGCUUCACGCGGUCGGAUAUACCGCAUUGAUUGGAACAACCAAUGAAAGCUACGGAUGGGAUAUUACUCGUCGUGAGUGUCAUCACGAUUCAAAGAAUACUAUGACUUGGCGGUACCCAACCAACGUCCGUGACAUGUAUCAUGUACCUGACAAAUUUUAUUGCAUUUUGGAUAUGGAUGAAGGCUACAUGGCAUUUGCCACCGAUGACGAUUUCCUGGGAGUCGCCUUCCGCAAUUUGAAGGGAAAGACACUAUAUCCGAUUGUCGCUGCCGUCUGGGGACACUGCGAGAUUAGCAUGCGCUAUAUGGGAUCUCUCGAACCCGAACCCCUCUCGCUAUCGGAAAUGUGUCGACGUCGUGUGCGCAUCGAGCUAGGAGCUUCCGUGAAUGAGCAAAUCGAAUGUUUGGCGAUUCCGCCAUUCUUGAAGAAGUACCUCAUGUAUCAGUGCUAA